CAAUAAUUAAUCCUCUUUAAAUCCUCCGGCCUCUUUUAAAACGGGUCCAGUCAGUACAAAUAUCCUUUGAUCGUUUAGACGCGUUUAACACACUGCAUCAACAUUUCGAUCUUGGUGGCUUUUCAUGCAACAAGGCGAGUACGCUAAUUACCAAUUAAGUGGUGCGAGAGGCAAUCUUCCUCCUUUGAAGCACGUGACACUUCAGUAGCGGUCCAACCCUUUUUAGGAGGCAUAAGUGGAGUAAAGCAAUGCUAAAAAAUAAAGUUAUCUAACAGAGAAGGCAUCCUUUCCACAAUCAUAAAGACAGAAGAAAUCAUUCCCACGAUCGUAAGGGAAAAAGGAUUCUUCUCACGAUCAUAAAACGGAGCAAAAAGUAGUUCCUUAUCAGCAAUGAAUAUAGAAUUGCAACCAACAAACUUUAACCUGAUCGCAGGAGCAUUAGGAACAUUUUUAUGUUUGUAUGGAUCACUUUCUUAUUUGGUCAAAGAACGAUUUUAUAUGAAUGAAGCACCUUUAGCCGUUCUUGCAGGAAUUGGUUUGGAAAGAUUAGCUCAACUUUUACGUUCAACAGUUGAUCCAAAUGACGAUGCAGGUUUACGUGAUGAUUUGGAUUCGAUUGGAAAUAACUUAAGUAGACUUGUUUUGGGAAUUCAAUUGGUUUUGGUUGGAAUUCAAUUACCACACAAAUAUUUACGAAAUGAAGUCAAAAGUCUUUCUAUCCUUUUGACGUUGGUAAUGGGAACAACUUGGCUAAUCACAGCAGGACUAUUGAUGGCAAUCAUACCGAAUUUAUCCCUAUUACCCGCUCUCAUCAUCGCUUCUUGCGCAACACCAACAGACCCUGUCUUGAGUAACGCUUUGGUAAAAGGUUCAUUCGCCGACAAACAUGUUUCGCCUUGGUUACGCAAUUUGAUCUUGGCAGAAUCGGGUGCAAAUGAUGGUUUCGGCUAUCCGUUCUUAUUCUUGGCUUUGAACUUACUCAAAUCCGACAACGCAGGAAAAGGACUAUUAUCCUGGUUUGUGGAUACAUGCAUUUAUCAAGUUGGAUUGGGUGCCGUGUUCGGAAUCAUUGUUGGCGUAGCGGCAAACAGAAUCUUACGUUUCAGUACAAGACAUGAUUAUAUCGACAAAGAAGGCUUUCUUUGUUACGGAAUUGCCGUUGGUAUCUUUACAACGGGUCUUGGAGGAUACUUGGAUCUAGACGAUCUCUUUUCGGCUUUCGUUGCUGGCAAUGCUCUCACCUGGGACGAUUGGUAUCGUCGUGAAACAGAAGAUGAAGAGUUGUACAAUGUCACAGAUCUUCUCCUCAAUUCCGCAUUCUUCCUCUUCCUCGGUGCAACGAUUCCUUGGUCAUCAUUUGUACAGAUGGCACAAGAAGGUGUCACAGUUUGGAGAUUGAUCAUCUUGGGCAUUGCAGUUCUACUUCUACGAAGAUUGCCCGGACUCGUAGUCUUCCAUCGACUCAUGCCUCGAUUGCGUGGUGCAUUCGGAGAUGCAGUCUUCAUGGGUUAUUUCGGUCCAAUAGGUGCAGGUGCGAUAUUCUACAUGACUCUCGUUAUCGAACAACUACAAGAUCAAAAAGAGAACGAAAGCGUAAAAAGAGUGUUGACGUUGAUCACUCCUAUUACAUAUGCGCUCAUCAUUUCUUCCCUUCUCGGUCAUAGUAGCUUGAUUCCCUUCGUUGGAACCUAUUUGGACAGAAGAAGUGCAAAAGAAGCUGUAAAAUUGCAAGGGGAAGAAGAAAGUCUUCGUGGAAGGAAUGACGUCAUCGCUCAUGAUACCCUUGAACCAGAAGCACACACCCAAUCUACUUCCCAUCACCCUGAAUCACAGCCACCGAUGGGCGAACGAUCAAGCAGUUCAAAUCGCAGAAUUACAAGACGCCCUUCUCAAACACCAUCACAAGAAGGAGCAUUUGAUUAUCGGAAACAUUGGAAAGAUCAUGCAAGUUGGAGACAUAGUACAUCUCAUGCUCCAUACGAUGAAAGUGAUCAUCCUUCCGAUUUCGCAAACUCAAGAAGACAUGUUAGACCCGAAGAAGAACAAGAAUCAUAGACAACAUAUCUUACUCAAUUCACAUUUUACAUGGAAGCCCAUAGA